CCCGCCCUCUGUCUGUCUGUGUUCAGUCGUCGCUGUGUGUGUUGCAUUCUUUGCUGUUUCGCUCGUGUGCACCUCUAUCGACUUAAGUUUGCAUCGAAAUACGUUUUUUUCCAGACACCGAUUGACAUUUCGUGAAAUGACAACUACUAGAGAGGGGACCUGCUGUGCUGAGAUGGCUAUGGUAUGUCUCACAGACUUUGAGGAGUAUGCGAAGGAGCACCUCUCCAAGGCCACAUGGGACUACUACGCAGCCGGAGCAGACGAGUGCUGCAGCAGGGAUGACAAUCUGCUGGCCUACAAACGGAUCCGUCUGCGACCACGGAUUCUACGGGACGUGUCAUUGAGUGACACCAGGACCACGGUGCAGGGCACAGAGAUCAGCUUCCCUGUGGGCAUCGCCCCCACUGCCUUCCACUGCCUGGCCUGGCAUGAGGGAGAGAUGGCCACUGCCAGGGCUACGGAGGCAGUGAACACAUGUUACAUCACCAGUACCUACUCCACCUGCUCUGUGGAGGAGAUCGCAGCUGCAGCGCCUAACGGCUACCGCUGGUUUCAGCUCUAUGUGUACCGGGACAGGAAGCUGUCUGAAUCAAUCAUUCACCGUGUGGAGGCCCUGGGCUACAAGGCCUUGGUCCUCACCGUCGACGUGCCCUACACUGGGAAGCGCCGCAACGAUAUACGCAACCAGUUCAAGCUCCCGCCACACCUCAAGGUCAAGAACUUUGACGGUGUCUUCCAGGAGGCUACAGGUCCUGCGGGUGAGGAGUAUGGGGUCCCUGCUAACACCCUGGACCCCUCCAUCAGCUGGAAGGACGUGUACUGGCUGCAGUCUCUCACCCGCCUGCCCAUCAUCAUCAAAGGCAUCCUGACAAAGGAGGACGCUGAGCUGGCCGUGGAGCAUGGCGUCCAGGGCAUCAUCGUGUCCAACCACGGAGGACGCCAGCUGGACGGAGGGCCCGCCACAAUAGAUGCCCUGUCUGAGAUUGUGGACACAGUGCAGGGGCGGAUCGAGGUAUAUCUGGACGGGGGCGUCCGCACUGGUAGUGACGUGCUGAAGGCUGUAGCUCUGGGAGCCAAGUGUGUGUUCAUCGGCAGGCCUGCCGUGUGGGGCCUCGCCUAUAAGGGUGAAGAGGGGUUGAAGGAGGUACUUCAUAUCCUCAACGAUGAGUUCCGUCUGUCAAUGGCUCUGUCUGGGUGCAGGAACGUGGCUGAGAUCAACAGGAACCUCAUCCAGUUCUCCAAACUGUGACUUGACAGCAGGGGGCGCCAGAACCAGCUUGACGAAUAACGACGAAAGCAAUACAGCGCUAUCCAUUCAAUCAAUAGAACUUCCAAUUAAACCAGAAUUUGGGACAACAAAAUGAAACCUCUCAUGUGAAUCAUAAUGAACUGAAACUGAAUCUGACAUCAAUCAAAUAAAUCCUGAAAUCAUAAUAAAUCUGAAUAGUUUUA